UCUGCCGUAUUGAACAUGAUUACGAAAUUUUGUUUACGUCUCGUAUCAUUUGCUACCUCGUCAGUGUUUAUUAUCGUAAGAACAUCCACAAUGAAUAGGAUAAAAUCCUUUAUGCCGCUUUUAUCAACCGUACGCAAUCUGCAUACGACCAACAAAUCAUUCCUGAACCUCGUUCCUAUCGUCGUGGAACAAACCGGUAGAGGUGAACGGGCGUAUGAUAUAUUUUCUCGCCUUCUAAAAGAGCGAAUCAUCUGCCUGAUGGGUCCCAUCCAUGACGAUUUGAGCUCGCUGAUAGUGGCACAGCUUUUGUUCCUACAGUCGGAAAAUGGCACCAAACCUAUCCACAUGUACAUCAAUUCGCCCGGUGGAAGUGUUACGGCUGGACUGGCCAUCUACGAUACGAUGCAGUACGUAAAACCUCCUGUAGCUACCUGGUGCGUUGGUCAGGCAUGUUCGAUGGGCUCGCUACUGUUGGCUGCUGGUGCACCGGGUAUGCGCCAUUCGCUGCCGAACGCACGCAUCAUGAUCCACCAACCGUCGGGCGGUGCACAGGGACAGGCGACUGAUAUUCAGAUACAGGCGGAAGAGAUCUUGAAGUUGAAAAAACAGCUGACGGAAAUUUAUGGGAAGCACACAAAAACGUCGGUGGAUGUGCUGUAUUCGAAGAUGGAACGUGACACGUUCCUUAGUCCUGAAGAAGCGCAAACGUUGGGCAUUAUAGAUACGGUGCUGGAGCAUCCCCCAUCAUCGACGGAAGCUACAUCGUGAAUUGUG